GAACCCGAAGAGAACUUAACUGGCCUGUGAAAACAAACGCAAUCCAGGCGUCCUAUUCCUCCACCACCCAUCUACCCACACUGCACCCCUCGGCGUUACCCAUCUCAAGCCCGAACUGCCCCGCGCCCCCCAGCACCGAAACCACCGAGAGGCGAUUCAAUCCCGACAAGCGCCGAGCGGGGCCCUUCGGAAGGAAAAUCAAAGGCGCAGCUACAGAUCGGGGAGCGGCCGGCAGCGGGGGGUGUAUCAUACACCGGCAGCACAGCGGCAAAGGCGCUGGGGGGGACAGGCCCGACGGCGCCGUGGUAGAAAGGGCCGGGGUCAUGAAACAUCAUUGUGCUCAUCCCCCUAAGGCAGGGAAGUCUGUUAGAGAAGGAGCUGCACAAAAGAAGAGCAAGUCACAGCAGCACCCAGAACCUGCCAGCAAAAAAGCAGAUGGAGGACAAAAACGGAGUCAAGAGAAAGAGAUCACACAGCCAGCCAAGAAGAGAGAGAAGCGACAGAGGGAGCAGUCCCCUGAAGGUUCUUGGGGCACAAAAAAGGUGAAGUUGGCCCCUGGCAAAACAGCAGCCUGGCAGCCACUCCCAGACAGCAGCAUCGACCACCUGGGCGUCAUGAUGGAUUCAGUAAUAUUAUCCAUUCUGAGUAAAUCAAUACAAGAAAAAGAUGACAUUCAAAAGCAUCUCAACCUCCUGAAGGAAAGGCUUCUAAGACAUUACAAGACCCUGAAGGUGCCUAUUGGGAAGCUAAGCAACCUGAAAAAUGUGCUGAGUCUUAAGGUGGCAGAGAAACAGAAUCUCUCAUCCAAUGAAGAGGCUAUGGCACUACUACAGGAAGAAAUAACGACAGCUGUGCAGACUGCUGAGAACACAGAGGAGAAUAUUCAGAGCCUGCAGGACAAAAUCCAGACUCUCAGGAACCGGUUGGAGGAAGCUGAGGACAAGGCUAAGAAGGUGUUCCAGAAAAAUGGUACAGGGGUCCUCAGUCUUCCAGAACUCCCAAAGCACAGCCUGACAGCACCCAUUCUGCAGGAGGAGAUUCUGAAAAUCCAAGACCAGAAAGGUAUUCUGAAGGACCUAAGCACCAUCCAGCACUCAGCUGAGAUGAAGAACAUGUUGACCCACCUUGAACAGGCCUAUGAGAAGGUGGACUUCCUUUGAGGAAUCCAUGCACAAAGUUAUGCUGAGGCAGGUUUUAUUUCAUGGUCCAGCAGGUGUUGAUCCUGUGACAAUGUUUUUUGCUUCUAAAGACUUGCCUUCUGCAAUCACCAAGUGUCUAUUAGUCAGUCCUUUAUUAGCCAGAUAUUGGCACAAUAUAUUGAUUGUUGCCCAGUGGGACAUUAGUGACAUGCUGUUUUUUCACUGGCGUAAAGACCAGACAUAUAGAACCUAGCUCAUCCACAUAAGGACCACUUUUAAAUAGUGUAUAUAUUAUCUAUUAAUAAACUGGGUUAUGGCUGAUAUUUUCCAUUUUCAAACAUUUUUUUGUGGUUCAGAGAACUGACUGACCAGCAGCAGAUUCCACUAGCUCUAAUAUUGCAUUGAAAGGUCUGGAUUUCUUUUCUUUUCUUUUGGAAGACUAGGAUUGUUUCAUUAUAUUAGGCCUGUUAUGUCAGAGAUAUGAAUAUAGUACCUCUAUGGACUCAACAUUCACUCUAAAGAGAAAAUUAAAUCCUAUUUGAAGUUGAAUGAUGUAAUAGAUAUUUUAUUUAAAGAAUAGUUGCUAAACCACAAUAAAUACCCCCUUUUCAAGCAAAAUUAGGUCUGUCUUUAAAUGUAAAUCAAAACACCUAUGUGGGAACCGUAAGUUAAAGGAUCAACAUUUCAUUUGAUCAGUUGGACAGUAUUCCUUGCACUCUUAGUCCAUUGCAUAACAAAGGCACUUGCAUCUGGUUCAGUAGUGUGUUAGGUUUAUCCUGGGAGAUGGGCAGGGAUAAGAAAAGCUUAUGGUGCAAAUCUCAGAGUUCUGUACUCACCUCUUAUUUCAUUAAUUCCCAGGAAAUCUUUAGUUUUGGAAAAGGAAGAACUAAAAUGUGCAUUUCCUCCCAGGCUCUGAGCUCUCUUGCAUGCAUUUGUCAAUGAUAGAUUCUCUCCAUUAUUUCAUUAAAAGAUCUGGUUAUGACUGUCAGGGUAUACACCCCGCCAAAUCUGAACUCUGGGAUACCGAUAUGGGGACCCUCAUGAAAGACUCCCUAAGCUUAUCUUCUACCAGCUUAGGUUAAAACUCUUCCAAGGCACAGUCUUGUGCCUUGGGCAGAUAUUGCUGCCACCACUAAGUGAUUUUCACAAAUAUUCAGGGAAGAAUCACUUGGAAUCCCCAACUCCCCAAAAUAUCCCCCCAAGCCUCUUCACCCCCUUUCCUGGGGAGGCUUGAGAAUAAAAUACCAACCAGUUGCUUUAGCAAUGGGAGCACAGAUGAACCCCUUGUCUAAGGACUUUAGAAUCAAAGGAUUCUUU